GAACAGAAGAAGGGAAGAUAGAUAGGACAAAAUAGAGUUGGGGAUGAUAAGAACCUCAACUCUUCUUCUUCUUCUUCUUCUUCUUCUUCAUUGAUUCAUUCAUUUCUGAAGAACUUUGCAGUUUUCAGUGUUAAUAAUAAUAAUAAUGGGAGCUGUUUCUCUUCCCAUAAACAUUGUUAGCCUUACAAAUUCCAAUUCCAAUUCCAAUUUCACUUCUCUCUCUGCAACUUCUCACUAUACUUCUCUCUCUUCCUUACAACUCAGUCCUUCUCUCACUGCCACCACAACACUCUCUUUGAAGAGUGUUGUUAGAGUUCAAGCUGAUAGUGAGGACUAUGAAUUGAAGCAAAUGAGGGACAUGGCUGCUGCUAGAAAGAGAUGGGAAGCUCUGAUAAGAGAUGGAAAGGUUAAAGUUCUUACCCCAAGGGAAGCUGGUUAUGCAGUUCAGCUUUCGAACAAGCCCUUUCUUGAUGUUCGACCCUCGAACGAGCACAACAAGGCAUGGGUGAGAGGUUCAACCUGGAUUCCGAUAUUUGAUGUUGACAAAAGACUAGAUGCUGGAAGCAUUCCAAGAAAAGUCAUGAAUUUCGUUAUGGGAGGUUGGUGGAGUGGCUUGCCUACUCUGUCUUAUGAUAGCCAGUUCUUAGCCAAAGUCGAGGAGAAGUUCCCGAAAGAUACAGAAUUGAUAGUUGCAUGCCAGAAGGGACUGAGAUCAUUAGCUGCUUGUGAACUGUUAUACAACGCCGGCUAUCAAAACCUGUUCUGGGUUCAAGGAGGAUUAGAGGCUGCUGAUGACGAGGAUCUCAUCGUAGAGGGUCCUAUGCCUCUUAAGUUUGCCGGAAUUGGUGGCGUUUCAGAAUUCCUUGGUUGGACUGAUCAGCAAAGAGCGGCUGCAGCGAAGGAAGGUUGGGGUUAUAGAUUAGUGUUCUCGGCACGGCUGCUUGGAGUCUUUCUUGCGGUAGAUGCAUUAUAUCUCGGUGCACAGCAAAUUGGUCGCUAUAUCCAGGAUAUCAGGAGUCAUUAGGGUUACAAUGGUUUGCUUGAACAUGAAGUGACUAACCCUUUUUGUUAAACAGUGUUGCUAGUCAUGGAUGAGCAUAUAGAGGAAACAGUAGGCUAAGGAAACCAAUUUUGUGUUCUGAUGACCAACCAUUGCAAGAGCCUUAUAGCAUAUCUGUCUUUUAGUGGUUUUCAACUUUUCAUAGAUCGAGUUUUUCUCAUCUUAAUUCUAGUAUUUUGGUGGCUUGUAAAUGCAAGUUUGAUUGGGAA